AUGGCGGAAUCUAAGAAACCGACCGAAGACAGCUCGCGGGACAAAGAAUUGGACGAUUUGCUCGACAGUGCGCUAGAAGAUUUCAAUAAACAGAAGGAUGAACCAAAAAAACAGACCACUGAUAGUGCUGCGGGUGAACAGAGCGAGCUGUACGAAGAUCCACCAACGGAGCAACUUUGGAAUGAAGAAUUUAUGAACCAACAAGCGAAAAUGUUUGAACAGCAUAUGGCUGCGUUAUUCGGUGGGGGCGAGAAGGUUGACAGCGAUCAGAUAAUGCUCGGAUUCCAACGAAUCGCAGAAGCGGCCGGUAUGGCGGUACGUGCGGAAGGUGCGCCUGAAGCGGCGGAAGCAGCCCCGGUCAACACGCUGGAUCCUUCGAUUAGCCAAAGUAUUAGCGAUGCAUUAAAAGCGAUGAGCGAGGGUCGAGAUAACCUGCAGACUCCAUUCAGCCCGGAAGAUGUAGCCAACAUGUUCGGCAACAUCGAUCUGAACGCGACGGGUGAAAACAACGCAUUUCUACCGUUCAUGCAAAAUAUGAUGCAGAGCUUGCUGUCGGCCGACGUGUUGUUGCCGAGUAUGCGGGAUCUGGUCGCUAAGUACCCACCAUGGUUAGCGGAACAUGGUGCUACCCUAGCCAAGGAGGAUAAAGAACGGUACGAGAAGCAGCUAGAGCUGAUGAAAGAAGUCUGCGCAGAGCUGGAAAAGGAAAAGGCUGACGACAGUGCUGAGGAGAAGCGGGACCGGUUUCAGAUCGUGCUGGAAAAGAUGCAAUCGAUGCAGGAUCUUGGCCAACCACCGACCGAUUUGGUCGGUGAUAUGGGGGGUGCGGGAAAUCUCAACCUGCCCACGAUCGAUCCAUCCUCUUUUAGUGAGCAGAACCCCUGCCCGAUCAGUUAA